AUGGCUCCUCCAUACAACUACGUGGUGACGGCGCAAAAGCCGACAGCAGUGACGGAUGCACUUGUGGCUUCGUUCUCCUCGGCGAGUGAGCGCAACCUGAUUGUGUGCAAGACCACGCUCGUCGAGGUCUACACCCUUGCUCCGGCUGGCCUUGUGCCGUUGCUGGAGCUUCCGCUCUACGGCAAGGUGGUGUGCAUGCGGACGUUCCGACCAAUGGGCGCAGAGAAGGAUCUGCUUUUCCUCUUUACUGAUCGCUGCCGCUUCUGCCUCCUCAGCUACGACGAUGUCCGCGGCGAGGUGGUGACUGUGGCUGGUGGCAACCUCGAGGACAAGGUCGGCCAUCCGUCGGACGCUGGCCAGCUCUGUGCCAUUGAGCCGAGCCUCUCGCUCAUUGCGCUCCACUGCUACGAUGGCCUGCUCAAGAUUGUGCCCAUGGCCAACGGCGGGCAGAGCCUCUCCCAGGCCUUCAACCUGCGGCUGGAAGAGGUGUGCGUCCUUGACAUUGCCUUUGAUGCGGCACUCUCCACCGGCGACGGCCCACCGGUCCUUGCUGUUCUGUACAAAGACGCGCACGAAGCACGGCACCUCAAGACGUACCAGGUCCACGCGUCGGUAGGCGCCAAGAAGGAGCUCCGGCCCGGCCCGUACCAGCAGGCCGGGCUCGACGCCUUUGCCUCGCGGCUGAUUCCGCUGCCUGCGGAAGCCGGCGGUGGCUUUGUCAUCCUCGGCGAGUCGACUGUUGCCUACAAGUCUGGCGCCACCUUUGUCCAGAUCCCGCACACCGUCCCGUGCGCCUUUACCGCCUUUGGAGCUAUCGACGCCUCUGGUGCCCGCAUCCUGGUCGGCGACCACCUCGGAAACAUGCACGUUCUCCUGAUCGACAUUGCAAACGGAGCUGUCACCGGGCUCGAACUCUCGCUGGUGGGCAAGACGUCGAUCCCGUCGGCGAUUGUUUACCUUGACUCUGGCUUUGUCUUUGUCGGCUCGCGAUUCGGCGACUCGCAGCUUGUCCACCUCUCGUCCGAGCCGGUCGACGAGUCUGGCUCGUACGUCCAGGUUGCUGACGCCCACAUCAACCUCGGCCCGAUUUUGGACAUGACGCUUGUUGACGUCGACCGCCAGGGCCAGGGCGUGCUCGUCACUUGCUCUGGCGGCUUCCAGGACGGCUCGCUCCGCAUUGUCCGCUCGGGCAUCGGCAUUGCCGAGCAGGCUGUCCUCCCGGUCGAGGGCGUCCGUGGCUCGUUCACCCUGCCGGCCGUCGGCGAGCCGAACCUUGCCGCCUUUCUUGUUGUUUCGUUUGUCAACAUGACCAAGGUUCUCGCCUUUGACGGCGACUCGGAGCUCGGCGAGUACGCCGGUGACCUCGGUGGCCUUGUCGCCGACGCGCCGACCCUGGUUGCCUGCGGCGUCCGCGACGACACCUACCUCCAGAUCGUGCCUGGCGGCGUGCGCCUUGUCGACGCGACCUCGCUCGCGCUGCUCGGUGAGUGGAGCCCGGAGGCUAUGGGCGGGUCGUCGAUCUCGGUCGCCGCCGCCAACGCCAACUACGCUCUGCUGGCGGUCUCGGGCACCGACACCGACCAUGGCACCCUUGUCCUGCUUGCGCUCGAUCCGCGCGGAGCGUCGCCGCUCGCGGUGGCUGCCACGGUCGCACCCGACUCGGAAGUCGCCUGCCUCAACAUCGAUCCGCUCGGCGACUCGGGCGACGCCGCGCUGGCCGCUGUCGGCCGGUGGUCUGACUACUCGGUCCACCUCCUUGCGCUCCCCUCGCUCGAGCUUGUCGCGCCGCUCUCGCUUGGCGACGCGCAGGUCAUUCCGCGCUCGGCGCUCUUUGCCACGCUUGAGUCGGUCAACUAUCUGCUGGUCGGCAUGGGCGACGGCUCGUUGGUCUCGUUUGUGCUCGGCGACGACGGCGCAGUCACCGACCGCAAGGAGCUCAUGCUCGGGACCCAGCCGGUGACCCUGUUCAAGUUCCUUCACGCUCCGCCCGAGGCCGAGGUUAUGGGCGAGCCGGCAGCGGCGGCGCCAGUCGUUUUCGCCGCCUCAGACCGGCCGUGCGUCAUCUACUCGUCCGGCUCCAAGCUCCUCUUCUCCAACGUCAACACGCCCGACGUGGUGUGCAUGACCGGCUUCAACACCACGCCCAUCCCGGACGCACUCGUCCUUGUCACCGAGUCGGAGCUCAUCAUCGGAUGCAUCGACGAGAUCCAGAAACUGCACAAGACCUCGGUCCCGCUUGGUGAGAUGCCGCGCGCCGUCGUCCACCACACUCCGUCGUCCAACUACGCCGUCCUCACCGUCGCCGUUAGUGCCGACAACGCCACCGGCGCGCCCGUCAAGGUCUCGUACCUCCGCGUCCUCGACCCGGUCACCUUUGAGGAGGUCUCCUCGGCGCAGCUCGCGCCGCACGAGCAGGGCCUCGCCGUCGUCGCCGCCCCGCUCACCAUCCUCCCGGCGCCGACUCCGCAAGCCCUCGCCGAUGCCUUUGCCACCGACGGCGUUGUGCCCAUGGAGACCGCGUCGACGAGCAAGCCGCCGGCUGCCUCGCCUGCUGCCGACCCCGACGCCCCGGUCUACCUCGUUGUCGGCACCGGCAUCGAGUCGGAGGCUGGCCCCGGGUCCGACGGCACCGAGCGCGAGCGCGGGCGCCUCAUUGUGUACGAGCUCGCCAACAACCAGCUGGUCGAACUCGCUGCGCUCGAGGUGCCCGGCGUCAUUUACGCCAUCGCGGUCCUCCGCGGCCACCUCGUCGUUGCCGUCGACGCCACGGUCCGCCUCUUCUCGCUCGUGACCGGCCGCGGCGGCGCGCCGGUUCUCCGCCAGCAGGCCGUCUACCACGGCCAGAUCCUUGCUCUCUCGCUCCGCGUCCACAACGACGACACCAUUGUGGUCGGCGACCUCAUGAAGUCGCUCAUGCUGCUCCGCUUUGACGCCAAGGCUCGCGAGUUUGUCCAGCUCGCCAAGGACUACGCCGUCGCCUGGCUCACCGCCGUCGAGGUGCUCGAAGGGCCUGACGGCUCGGACGAGGUCGGCUACCUCGCCGCCGACAACUCGUUCAAUGUCAUCGCCCUUCAGCGGACAGCAGGCGCGUCCGCUGCCGACGACGACCAUCGGCUUCUCCGCGCCGGCGUAAUCCAUCUUGGCGAGUUUGUCAACACCUUUGUCCGCGGCUCGCUCGUCAUGCAGCAGGCCUCGGCCUCGCUCGGCAUCCUGCCCACCGUCCUCUACGGUUCGGUCUCGGGCGCCAUCGGUGUCAUCGCCGCCCUCCCCGAGGACCUCUACGUCACCCUCCUCCGCCUGCAGAACGUCCUCCGCUCGCGAACAACGCCGGCAAAGCACUUUGUCGAUGGCGACCUCGUCGAGCGCUUCCUCGAGCUCGAUCCCGCGAGCCGCAAGCGCGUCGGCGAGCAGACCGGCGACGAUCCGGCUGAGCUCGAGAAGCUGGUUGAAGAGCUCGCGCGCCGGCUGCAUUGA